GAUAACUUCAACACAGCUAUUAUCGAAAAUUGCUCUUGUCUCGCUCGAAGUCGGUAUCUACACAUUUUGUUCAUAACAUUACAAUGAACGCGUCUUAUCAAGGACAUUUUUAGUUUCUUGGUGCAACCCAAACCUACUCAAAGAUCUAAUAUUCAAAAUCGAUCCAUUGUUUGGCAUGGACUACCCACCGAACAUGUUAAUUCCCGUUUUGGUUAUUUCAAUUUUCCUUCUUCCAGUGAUCUGGCUGGGUUACAAACUUCUCAGACGUUGCUUAAUUUACAGCAAAGGUCCAAAAGCGACUCCAAAAACGAAGAAUUGUAGUCCGACGCAACCUGGUUCAAAAUAUGGUACCUGGCAAAGAAUUGGAACCCCUGGAAAAAAUACAAGGCAUUAAAGAGACAAAGUCAACAAAAAGAACCAAGAAGACUCAAUGUCCAAGUAUGUUGCAACGUUUCAAAGAUGCUAUUUCUUGGAAUGGAGGUGAUGGUCGUCGGUUGUGGAAAGAGUACUCUGCUGAACCUAUCUUGAAUGAAUCAACAUUGAGAGCACUAUUGAAAGUUGAGGGUGAUCUUUUGAGAGUUGUAUAUCCUGAAGACAAUGUCACUAGAAUACACAAAUUUCCAAAAUCGCAAGCUACCAGGUCUAAACUCCCUCCAAAAAUAUCGUCGACCAACCAAUCAGGUAUUGUGCACGAACAUAGAGUGUUCGGACCUAGUAUUGCUCAGAAGAAAGCAGAUGCUUCUCCUGUCAGUAGUGUCAAAAUCUUUAAUGCGAAGUCUUGCGAUCCUAUCACAUGCAUUAAGUCUGAUGGUACCAAGAAUAAGAUACCAAAGCUAGUUGUUGGUGUUGAGCUGGUUUCUUGAUUCGUCGUGGGGAAGAGCCUGAAUCUCGAUGCAUGACUAGCACACGAGGAACUGCAAUCAACGAUGCUGAUUUUUCGUCAAAAGCAUGAGAUGUCCAAAAUUCAUCAUACGGUCUCUUUCUGUUCCUUAAGACAGUCUUUUGGUUGAGGAGGUUCUCCGAAUUAGCGCAUAAUUGAGUCUCAUAUGAGAAACGUGAUGACGAGAUGGGUUGUUACAAAUAUUUCUCAAAGAAUUAGCGGGUUGCUUGUAUUGAUCUCUAUAUUUUCCAUGUUCCAAAAAUGAAUCAAUAGUGCUCAUCAAUUUGUCUUCGUAUUCCGAGUCACAAAUUGACUGAGGAUGAGUGCAAGUCAUGAUGAGUUCGGAUAGAAGAACAUGAAGUUGUCUAUUGAAAGAAUUGUAGAGAUGCUCGAAUUCAGCAUAUAUCUCUCUCUCUCAAGAACUGACCUUGACUUGGUAAUUUUUCAGCACA